UCCACUCGUAUGAGGAGAGGCUCUGUCUGCUUUGCUAUGAUAUGAGCGGCAGACCCGACCUAGUGUAGCCGAGUCAUAAAUAAAUCAAGUCUGAACUGUCUCAACCGAGUCAGAGAAAAUGGUAUUUGGUGUCGGCUGUUAACCUCCAGUGAUUAUCUUGGGAAUAACAGAACAGGCUGAAUUAUUUCGAGCAGGGAGCUAGCUGCGUAAGUUUUACACCCUUGGCGCUGUGCUUUUGAUGGCGUUCUUGCAGAGGACUGGAGACUACUGCCACGCUCAACAUCCCAGAGCAUAGGCUGAUCCAGGGGAGGAUGCCCACUGCUCUGCCUUGUCCGCCUAAUACCCUGCACUGAUCCCUGGGUACCAACGCAUCGAGGGCUCCCUGCCUCCCAGGACUCUCCACACCCUAGGUCUGUCACUCUAAGACCCUCUCUCAGGAACCCUAAUGGGAUGAUUGGACUAACUAUUCCACGACUCUUCAGUGAAAGCCCAAGACCUCAUCUAAACCAACCACAGUGACCCUCCCAAGGAUCGACCAACCCGAGGACAGACUUGUAUUUUUUAUCGUCUUAAAGGAGGGACAGGACUGAGAACGUCUGCAGGAGUUUAGCCCACCAGCGACCGUGGCCACCGUGGACGACCAGUUUGUGGUCCCCUUGCGUCCCUGUCCGUGUUGUGUUCGCCCCCCCAGCUGGGUAAGGGUUGUCAACAUGGCCCGUAUGAACCGUCCGGCGCCGGCCGAGGUGUGCUACAAGAACAUGCGGCUGCUCAUCACGCACAACCCCACCAACUCCACCCUCAACAGCUUCAUCGAGGACCUUAAGAAGUACGGAGCCACGACGGUAGUGAGAGUGUGUGAGGUCACCUAUGAUAAGGCUCCAUUGGAGAAGGACGGCAUCACCGUGGUGGACUGGCAGUUUGACGACGGUGCGCCCCCUCCCUCCAAGGUGGUGGAGGACUGGCUGAGUCUGCUACGGUCUCGUUUCCUGGAAGACCCGGGCUGCUGCGUAGCCGUGCACUGUGUGGCUGGACUGGGCAGAGCCCCGGUGCUGGUGGCGUUGGCACUGAUCGAGAGUGGGAUGAAGUAUGAGGAUGCCAUCCAGUUCAUCAGACAGAAGCGCAGAGGUGCGAUCAACAGCAAGCAGCUGACCUACCUGGAGAAGUACCGCCCCAAACAGAGACUGCGCUACAAAGACCCACACAUCUUCAAGAACAAGUGCUGCAUCAUGUGACCCCCAUUUCCACCCUCAGCCAAUCAACUGCCUGCCACCUGAUCGAUCUGACCCGAAUGGAUAACGACGAUGGAUGAGUCCACAGCCAAUGCACUUUGUGACUGAACUAUGAGAACUAUGAAUCAUGGAGUGAGCUAAGCGUCUCCACCAGGGGAAGGGUGUGAUGAGUCUCCCUGGUGCCUAAAGAUGGCUCUUACUGAGGGGGCCGAUGGAUCAAGCCCUCCUUGAAUCUGACUUUUUAUCCAAGAGCCAGCCGGAGGUUGCUUGGAAUGGAUGGUGGAUGUGGCACAGGACGUUGACACUCGCCACAUUGAACUCCAUCAUAACCAUGGGGUUGUGCCUCGCUGCAAAUUAUUUGACUUGCAGUUGACUUUGUCAUUGUACCUCCAACGCCCCCUUGCUACCAAAUGGUGGUAACGCCUCAAAUCAUUGUCUGAAAGAGAGACAGCUUUAGCUAUAUGAAUAUGAAACCAAUGUGAAUCAUGGGGGAGGUGGAAUGUUUGUGCCUGGUUGCCCUUUCUCUCCCUGCCUACAGUAGGGGGACUGAGCUGUUUUCUGUUCACUCCUUGUUCCAAGGUUAAUGCUAUCUGGAAUCCUUGGGCCAUCCUUAACCCUUACCUAACCCCAACCAUAACCCUUACCUAACCCCAACACCAUCCUUAACCUUUACCUAACCCCAACCAUAACCCUUACCUAACCCCAACACCAUCCUUAACCCUUACCUAACCCCAACACCAUCCUUAACCCUUACCCAACCCCAACCCCAACACCAUCCUUAACCCUUACCUAACCCCAACCAUAACCCUUAGCAUUUUAAAUUUAAACUUGAAUAGAGAGAUAGUAAUGGCGUCUUUUUGUAGCCACUAACUCUGCCGUGGUUCGUUGGACAAAGCCUAUGGGGAAAUUAAUGCCGUUUUGUUGGGUUUUUGGAUUUGGAUUUUGAAGCAUUUAUGUCAUCAAAAAUGCGCAUAAAGGCUUCAUCUAUAAAGGUCAUGUUAACUGACUGAUAUUAUCUCAUAGAACAAAACAUAAAAUCUCCUAAACCUGUGUUAACCUUGACCUUAUUUUAGGCUUUUAUCUCAAAACCUUAUUCUUUCCCCAUUUCAUUUUCCACAUAGGUUCAUUCAGCCAUAGCCUAAGGUAGCUCAUUUCUGUUUUUUAGGACUACAAACUGGCGAGCUCUAUGGGGUGACGUCGGAGUUGGACGUCCCAUGGAUACCGGAGAACAAAGACCCUUGUUCCAAUGCCCUGAUAAUGUGUUUACUGUAAUAUAUUUUUGUCAUGAUGCUUCUUUCUAGCUUUAAUAUUCAGUGGUCUUGCAGAUGAGAACAGGUGGGAAGGUUAUAGGAAUAAGGUGGGGUGCACUUGGAUGAUAACCAACAGGUUUAUUUGUACUGUAUCUACACUAUGUAAUUGAUGUUAGGACAGGUAGGACUAUUCACUUGUACUGGCUCAUGUGGCAAAUGGGUGUAUUGGACAAAGUAGGGUGACGUUGCCCCUAGACGCUGAUCUUGGGUCAGUUUAGCAGGGUAAGCUGAUCCCAGAUCUGUACCUAAGGGACACACCACCCCAGAGCGUAUGGUACACUGAGUGGAGCACACUUGGGUGGCUCUAUGUUCACAUCCUGUACUGAAACCUGACCCUCUCUUUCUCUCUCUGCACCAUGCUUUUUGUUACAUGGAGGCUGUAUGCUGAAUCUACCCACAUGGAGUAAAAUGCCGUUGAAGUUUAGGGUCACAGUGGCCUUUCGAGGGCCCUUUGAUUUAACCCACCCGCCCCCAUCUGCAUAGCUGGUUAGGCCUACACAAAAUGAAUGCACAUCAUGAAUUGUUGUUUUCUAGUUACUAGCCCAGUUUCUCUGAUAUCAGGUCAACUCUUGUACAGGUGUAGUUAGUUUACACCUCACCAGACAGACACACAGCCUUGUCUCUGUUAUCUGCAUUGAAAGUCGCCUUCUUCUGUCAGCCUUUGAAGAAACCACCUUCAGUUGUAUAGAAAUAAUAAAAUAUUUCAGUCA